GCGUUCAGUCUCAUUCUAAGCCUCAGCCCGAUCGUGCCGGUACAGCUUUAAACCCGUAGCCCCAGCGAAAUACUCUGAAAAUGUUCACAUCGAUCAGAUCUCACCAGCAUCGCGCCGUCGGCCUGAUCUUGCGGGCCCUCGCUGCUGGCAGUCUGUUGGUCCUGAUGAGUGUCAUCCACCAGGAGAACGACGACUCCGGAUCCCACUACAUCCACCCGCGGCACGCCAUGCAAUAGCCCCGACUAGGCCCGUCGCCGUAUGGCCCAGACUACUUAAUUAUACUUGUAAUAAGCUUAGGUUAAGUGCAAUUAAAGCGUAAUCUACAGUU